AUGUUUACAGCUCUGCAUGCAUGUGGUGAUCUUUCAUCUCACAUAUUGAACUUGUUUGUUGAUUCUGAUAGGGCAACAGUGUUAUGCCUGGUCGGCUGCUGUUAUAAUCUCUUAACAGAAGAAUUUCCUUCAAAGGAAUUUCAUGAUAAUGCUGCAAAACAAGGUUUAUCAUAUGGUUAUGGAUUUCCCAUGAGUAGCCAUUUACGAAACAGAUCAUUCCACCUGGGUAAAAAUGCUCGAUCACUAGCAUCUCAGCCAUUAGAUAGGCUCAGAGUCAACCAGACAGUUCCCUCAGACACAUUGUUUUGGAGAGCUGUUUUGCAGGUUAUACUCAUUGAAAAAUUAGGCAACCCAAAAAAUAAAAUUGAAUUGAGGGUAGGAAAACUGAACAAGAAAGUUAAUUCUUUCAAUGAAUAUGUUAACAAGGCCAUUCAAAAACUCAACUUGGACAUUACAGUAAUAUCUGAUGCUGAAAUAUCAGAUUAUUAUUUGAGGUAUAGUAGUCAUAAAGAUAAAUAUUUUGCGUUUUAUAAACUGAGGACAUGCAUGGGUCCUGUUAUUGAAGCACUUAUUCAACUUGAUCGAUUGCUCUUUCUCUUAGAACAAGAAAAUACGCAUUCAGCAUUUUUGAUUGAAAUAUUUGAUCCAGUAAUAUCUCCCAGGUGCUAUUCACUGAUUGCAAUCAAACAAACGUCAAACGAAAGAUUUUAG